UGGAAAAAUAAGUGAUCUAUUAAAUUUAGUUUGUGAUUAAAAUAGAAAAUAAAUAAAUAUAUAUAUAUGUAGUUUUUCAUAACAAUAUGCAAGUAAACAUUAUCCUGUUGGCAUCUGGAAAAUCUUUGUAGGAAGCAAGUUAUAAAUAUCGGAACAAAACGCGGGUGUAGUUAUAUCAGGUUUAAAAAGUAGAAUCGUUACAUAUAUAUAUAUAUAUAUAUGACAAUUGAAUUUCGAAGUUAAAUUUAAAAAAAUAAAACACAUAAAUCUUUUGUGCAUCAGAUACUAAUUCUGACAUAAGAAUUGACAAUAAUAACCAAUCAACUUUAAUAAUUUAUUUUUUCUUAACAAAAGGAAGGACGUGACCAUCGUAAUCAUCAUUUGCAAACAUGGGAAUCAUUUUGUCCACAUUUCGUAGAAAAAAAACAACUAUUGAAAUUUUAGAAGAAUUAGAUUCUAAAAUAAAAGAAAUACAAGAAUAUGGGCAAAAUACUGAACAAAGGCAUAAAAAGAUUGUUGGAACACUUGUCAUUUAUAGUGUUACUCUUUACAUCACGACAGCCUUCAUUUUCUAUUUUUACUUCUUCCCAGCCUCUUUGUACGAUCAAUUAUUCUAUAUUACUCCGUUAUUAAUUUUUCCAAUUUUAAUACUGUUAACUAAAAAAAUGGUAUCGUGGUACUACAAACAGAAAAUAUCACAGAAUCAAGAAAAAUUGAUAAUAAUGCAACGAGAGAAGACUAAAAUUUUAGAUGAAGUUACCGAAACAGAAACUUAUAAAAAGGCCAAAGAAAUUUUAUUGAGAUUUGCACCGGAUCAACUUAAAAUGACAUCAGCACCUAUUAAAUUACUACCACAGGCAGUAGAAAAAUUACGACAACCUAAUGUAACACAAGUUAUUACUUCUUCUUCACCUGGUAUGGAAGAAUUAAGAAAAAGAACUAUAGGAAAUUCAAAUCAAACGCUCGAUGUUUCAAGUGGUACCAAUGCUCAAAUUUUAUCUGUUGAUGCAACUCCUACUAAAAACACACCGUUAAACAGUUCUCUUCAAAGUGGUUCUAGAAUGCUUAAUAGGACAUCUAUGGGAAACAAAUCGCCUGAGUAUACAUUAGCACGCCCCAUACUGCCGCAUCAGAGAAGCGUUUUUGACCGAUUAAUUGAUUACUUAGUUGGUGAUGGCCCAUCAAAUCGUUACGCUUUAAUUUGUCGUCAAUGUGAAUAUCAUAAUGGAAUGGCUCUUAAAGAAGAGUUUGAAUAUUUAGGAUUCAGAUGUUGUUAUUGCAAUUUUUGGAAUCCUCCGAAAAAGCAAAAGCCAGGUGUUCAAAAAGUAGAGGAUCUUUCUAAUAUUUCUCUAACCUCUGCUACAUCUAAAGUCGAAUUAUCCAAUAAAACCACUGAAACAGCUAAAAUUUCAGAAAUAGAUGCGUUAUGUUCGUCUGAUACUGAUUCAGAUAUUGAAUUAGUCGAAAAACCGACAGAAAUAUCGGAAAAUCGAGAUCAGGUUGAUGACGAUUCCAAUAAAGGAAUGCAAAGCUCGCAAACGAACCAAUUCAACACAAAUCCAUUCGCGGAAGAUAUGGAAAUUGAUGAUUGAUAUUAUUAAUAUUCAGUCGGCAUAGGUACUCUUUAUUAUUGUUGAUAAUGACAUCAAUAAUGCAGCGCAAUAUAAUAAAAUUAUGUUUUAUGUUCAGUAGUGGUCAAUUAUAUAUAUAUAUAUAUAUAUAUAUAAAGGUUAACAAUGAUGGAAUAAUGAAAUUUUCGAUAAUUAAAAAUAAAAUCAUUCCAAGUUAUCUUUAUGUAAUUUGUAAUCGGAAUUGCAUAAAGAUAUUAAAU